CUUCUACUGGGUACCACGAGGAUUCCACCAGACCUAUUUUCAAGGCAGUAAGAAGUAGCAAUAGGUAGCACAGUUAUAACAGGCGUAGACGGUGUAAGUCAAUGAAAGGUAAGAAUCAAAUAAUCUCAUAAACGAUAUCUCAUGAUUUUUUUUUUUGUAAUUGAAGAACAGUCAUCUAUUCAAUUUGUACAUUAGAAUCUGAUAUGUUGCUCGUGGCUUCAUAUUCUUUAGUUAUUUCCAUGAAAUGAUGAAAGUUCGUUUAUAAUGGUGAUUGAUCGAAGAUAAUUCAGUCACGGAUGGCUGAGAGUUCAAAGGUUUUUCUAGGUAAAGUAACGCUACUUUGUUAUUUGAUACCGAAACGAACCUUGGAGGCUUACUUAGAUAUAAAGUCAUAAACUGAGGUGAAAUUAAAUCUUUCAAGCAAAACAGGCAACGGAUUGUAAAAUUCCAGAUCACGUCAAAACUUGAUCCGGUCACAUGCUCGAAUGAAUGAAACCACUUGUUCAAGUGAUACCCAUUUAUUCGUGAAUUUAUGGUGACAUUUGACAUUUUUUCGAUCAGCUCUAGAAAAUUGAAGACUGAAAGAUAGUGGAUACGAGAAGGAGCCAUGCGAUGCACUGACUUUAUUUCAUUGGUGUUGUCCGUGUCGUAUGUCACCUGUGGAGGUAUUUGGUGUACGUUAUAAUGAAAUUGUUGCCUAUUGUUGCUCUGCCUUAGCAAUUAGCAAGCCCCAAACUCCGAUGUAAAAAAAAAAGUUGUUUGCGUCUUAGCACCAUUUUGUCGAUGAUUUGUUGCAAGGGUUACAGCCUUGCCUACUCAGUCAGUUGACAUGUUAACAUAUUAUUCAUCUUCUCUAGUGAGCGAAAUUAACGCUUGACUGCAUAUGAGAUCUUUUAAACAAAGCGUUGACAAAUGUCAAUGAUAUUGAAGUGCGUGUGUCGCGCCUCCGCUUGAUUUUUCAGUAAAAAAACGUGACGAUGAAAGUGCUCUGAAGGUGGAUAGAAUUAGAUCUGCAGAUUCGUUCCUUAUCUCCGGACUGAACCCAAAAUACCAGCUUUAAGUCCGCACAACGCAUUAAUUAAGUGUGUACUGAACUGAAGCCGAAAAUUAUGUUAUUACAUCGAACAUUUUAACACUGAAAUCAGCAAAAUAGAAGGGCGGAGGGAGGUAGCCUGCGAGAAAAGUGUGAUAGAAAACGAGGGAGACUAAGUACAUCGAAGAAAGGACCCUUGUCACUGUUGUUUAAAAAAAACCUUGCCAAUUUCUCUCGCUUGCUCAUUCGCUCACCUCCAGUAACCAAGAGACUGAUAAAUUGAUACCCUGGGCUCCUUAAAAACAAACAUUAAACUUGACUUAAAAAUUUUGUCGUCUCUUACUAAAUGCAUUCCACUCAAUUGUCUUAGGUUAUGAAUACGUAGGUUGCUAUAAAGAUUCGGACCCCAGAGAUCUCCCACAAAGAGUUCACGGCCGUGAAGUGACAGUAAAAUCGUGCGCCAAGAGCUGCAAGGACCUGUUUUAUAGAUUCGCAGGCCUACAGUUUUCAUAUCUCUGCUUCUGUGGUAACAAGCGAGGGCGGUACGGUCUGCUGCCGGAGUGGAAGUGUUCGAGUGAAUGUACCAAUAAAGAAGACAAGCAUUGUGGAGGAUACUGGAGUAACUCCAUUUACAAAACAGGUGUAGUUGAUAUCAGAGCUCGCCGAUAAUUUCUUUGAAAGGUUAUAACAAAAUUGGCUCUCGAGUCAAUCGUCGCAUCUUGCUAUAAUCACUCCGCGUAAGGGGGUUAUGUAACUGAAGCAUCAGAAUUUGCAUUCUCCACCGAAAUUGCAACUGCUCUGAUGAUCGCCUGAGUUACUAUACCAAGACAAUUAUUGCAGACUCAAUGAACAUCGUCGAAUAAUUCCCAUUCCAAUACGUCUACAACUUCUGUUUAAUUUGACUUUAGGUUAUGAUCCACCGGCUGGUGUCAAGAUAACUCCACUGCUAACAAAAGCCUUAGCUGAUCUCAAACCGCAUGUAAAUGCUACCAACCACACGAAGGUGAGCAUGACAAACAUGACGAUGAAGAAUUUCAAACGGGUAGGGUUGUUCAAGAAACAAUUCAUAAAAACAGAACGUGAAAGUAAAUGUUUGGAUUAGCUCCGCAGCCUUGGCACCAUUUCACAUUUCCCCUUUUUUCAUCUUUUGCUUUCUUGAAAUUGUUCUACACACAAGCUUGAUUUUGGAAAUAAUCAUUGAUUCGAGGAAACUAGAAAACAAUAUUGCACAGGGCAAGAUAAACUCAGAACCGUAAUGAGGAAAUUUUAACCCGAGAAAAUAAGGUCUCUUUUUUUUGUCUUGAUUGAAUGUAACCCUCAAUUGAAAAAUUGUGCUUAAUUUUAUGAACUACAUGCAAAAGAAAGAAAGCAGCGGCGAAACUAGUUCUGGCCUUUUUAAUAUAAAGAAUAAAAUAUGAAAAAAUGGGAGAUCUCCCGGCAGUCUUGACGAUGAUAUAUGAUCAUUAUAUGGGUUUUCAUCCGAAUUUACAGGAACACAAGAAGGCUAAAAGUACCAACCACUGACUGAAAGAGAGAACGGAACUCUGGCAUCCCAGGACAUAUCUCGCUGUUCUGUUUGUUUUCUUGGCUUGACUUCCUUGAAUGUUUUAGAUGUUGAAUAAAACUGGUAGUGCUUUUUUCCUGAGC